AUGAGUGCGCGGUCGCUGUCUUGUGUAAACAUAACCCAGACGGCGGGAAAAUCCAUUAUAUGGUUAAAAGUCCUUUCUAGGGGAAAAUCUCUAUGGCUUCUGAGAAAAAUAUUGCAAGUAGGAAUUGAAAAUGGACUUAAUAUGGAAGAAGAGCAUAUUGAUUUGCCUCCUGGUUUCAGAUUCCACCCCACCGAUGAAGAGCUUAUAACUCACUACCUGUCCAAGAAGGUGGUCGAUAGUAGCUCCUAUGCUAUAGCAAUUGGAGAGGUGGACUUGAAUAAGUGUGAACCUUGGGAUAUGCCAUGGAGAGCAAAAAUGGGGGAGAAGGAGUGGUACUUCUUCUUCUUUUGCGUUAAAGACAGAAAAUACCCAACUGGUUUGAGGACCAACAGAGCUACUGAAGCUGGUUGUUGGAAAGCUACAGGAAAGGAUAAGGAGAUUUACAGAGGGAAAACACUUGUCGAAAUGAAGAAAACUCUGGUUUUCUACAGAGGAAGAGCUCCAAAAGGAGAAAAAACCAACUGGGUCAUGCAUGAAUAUAGGCUAGAGGGAAAAUUCUCUCUGUCUAACCUACCAAAAUCAGCCAAGAAUGAGUGGGUGAUAUGCAAGAUGCUCAACAAGAGCUUAGGUGAGAAGAAAAUUCAAGAUUGUCGUUCGUUCGCUCUUUUUCUGCUGUUGUUCGUUCUUUUACUGUGCGUGAAACACAUUAUCGAAGGCAACCCGUGGAAGAAAUCCAUCCACAAGAAGAAGUCGUUGCCGAGAAAUUAA